CACAAGAGAAUGAAGAUAAAAUGUUGGUACAAUGCUCCAGGAGCUGAUACCAGUAAUGGUGCGGAACAUCUUAAAGAUCCCGAGGUUCCUGAAUGCUCGGAUAUACAGCCUCUGGGAGAUUCAGCUCUAAGACCUGUGCAAACAACUUCCUGGAAGAGCUGCUGUGGGCUGUUUGAGUUGUUGACAGGCUCCAAUAAAUGAUUUCAGGUUGGAAUUUUUUACAAUAGUACUGCAUUUGAUUUGUUUCUUCAUUUCUGGCUAUAUAGUGUGUUUUCCUUUAGUUUAAAGUUCUAAAACUUUAUUGUCUAUUAGCUAAAAUAGGCUGCUUUUUCAAACUCAUUUGUCUUUGCUACUGUUGUAUAUGUUAUGCUCUUUUUGAUCAGCAACAAUAAAAAUUUUCCUAUGUAUCAAUUUGUUCCUUUCAAAACAUAUACAUGUAUGCUAAAAACAACAUUGUACAAAUCGGUCAUGUGCACAGGGGGGUUCCACGACAGUAAAAUGGGUUGCUUAAUUAGAUUUUUGGUGGCUACUGUUGACCAAAUUUAGAAUGAUGUUGGUCAAGAUGUGGGAGUUGCUUUAUGAGAUUUUGUCGCCAAAAGACGAAACAAUGUUACCUGGUACGACACCACCUUGGUAUCUGAUUUUGUGGGACGCUAUGGUAUGUAGUAUAGGUUCGUAUACAUGAUACGACACUUUAUUACGUACGCGAUACGAUAGAAGUAGGUUUAGUUGGUACGGUAUUUUAGGUCACAAUUCGUUUUAGAACUCUUAUGUAAAUCGUUUUCACUAU